AUGGUUUUCAUCAUACUGAUUUCAGCCGGAUGUUUUAAGCCUAUUUGCAUUAUGAACUUUUAUGAACUUUUGUGA